AGCGGGCGUGCGCUCAGUGCAGGAGGCAACGCGGCGCGAGCGCAGCCAGGCGAGCGAGACCGGCAGGGCGGGAGCGCGGGCGGCAGAGCGGGCCCCGCGCAGCUCCGGCCUCGGCGCGAGCGGCUGCACCGUCCCCGGGCUCAGCACCCCGCAGGACCCUCCGCCGUGCGCGCGGGGCCGAGCCCGCCCAUGAAGCCGCCCGCCGCGCAGAGCAGCCCCGCGGCCGCCGCGGCGGCAGCUCCGGCCCUGGACUCGGCGGCCGCCGGGGACCUGACGGAUGCGCUGUGCGAGUUUGACGCGGUGCUGGCCGACUUCGCGUCGCCCUUCCACGAGCGCCACUUCCACUACGAGGAGCACCUGGAGCGCAUGAAGCGGCGGAGCAGCGCUAGCGUGAGCGACAGCAGCGGCUUCAGCGACUCGGAGAGUGCAGAUUCACUCUAUAGGAACAGCUUCAGCUUCAGUGAUGAGAAACUGAAUUCUCCAACAGAUUCCGCUCCGGCUCUGCUCUCGCCGGCUGGCACUCCUCGGAAGGCCAAACUAGGAGACACGAAAGAGCUAGAAGACUUUAUUGCUGAUCUUGACAGAACAUUAGCAAGCAUGUGAAACAAGGAGAAGCUCUGGGUCCUUUCAUCAUAAGGGAGAAGCUUCGGAAAGCUCCAAGGACCUGGUAAAAUGAGAGCUGACAGAGAUGAGCACUCACCUGCCACCAGGCCAUUCUCAGGCUUGUCCCAACACCAGCCUUUGAGAUCAUCUCUGGGCAAUUUAGACAGCGACACUGACUUGGUUUACCAGCUUGCAGCGUAUUAGAACAGAUGAUCCACGCUAAUACUCUAUUUUCUCUCAAAACCUAGCUUUCCCGUAAUUUAAAGUGCUUUUGUGAACAUAUUUGUAAUUAAUUAUAUAUAGUUGGAAACAGUAAUAAGCUUUUCCCAGUAUAAUAUAUUUUUGUAUGCAAAUAAAAUUUGAACUAGAGUC